AUGCCUAAGGCGACCCUCGAUUCUCUAUGGGGUUCUCUGGAAGGAAAAUUCAAUAAAUUUGUUGCCGGUGAUAAUGUGGAUGAAAGUGGAGAGAAACCUUCCGACUCUCAGGAAGCUGUUGGACCUUACUCUUAUUUCGGCGCCAGCACGAAUCCAACCUCGAAUGUUCCAUCCCGUAGUGCCUCUGCCGUAGAUUUUCGCUCAGCUUCUAAUUCGACAGCAUCCAAUGUGACACUGCAAAAGCCGGUUAAUGGGCGACAACGAAGAUCUUCAACACCUGGUGUGAAAAACGCGCACGCCGAUGCUCAUGCGAUGAAUGGAUACCUUUCUGGCACACUCAGUCCAGCAGCCUUUGAUGGACAGACUUCGGUAUCUCCUGUUCCCGAAGGUCAAUCUUCUAUAGACAAUGCUAAUAAUUACGGGUAUUCGGGUCAGGGACAGAAUAUGAAUUCAUUUUCUAAUCCUAGCAUUUUUCAACCUUCGGAAACUGGAAAUUCAAAUACAUACCAAUACGGAUCAAACUUGUAUAGUCAACAAGCUCAACCGGAUUACAACACAAUUUCUCCAACUGGUUAUGACACCGGACCCAAUGCGAUGCAACAGAACAAAGAUCAAUCUACAUAUUCAUAUUACAAUUCGUACGAAAACCCAACAUAUACAAAUAACUCUGAUUGGUGGGGUAGUUCUUAUUCUGCGACCAAUUAUAACCAAACGCAAGAUCAGACACAAACCAAUAACUUGGAGGGUGAAUUUAUAUCACCUAUGGAUAACAAAUUAACCCAUUUUUCAUCGGCUCCCGAACCAGCCACUUCGAAAGACAGUAAUAAUGAGUGGAACGAUGAUCUAGGAUUAAGUAAUAAUUCUUUUUCAAAAAAGAAGAAUGUGGAAUUCAAAGAGUACACUGAAAAUGACGAACAC